CAGCGCGUUCUCACCACCUCAGGAGCUCUCUACUGCUCGGCAAAUACGAACAACGAUUUGGCUCCUGCCUCAGCGGUAGCCUGCGCGACCGUGCAUGCAGGAUCUUACUCCUAUCCGCACUCUAUGAGCCUGACACCCAUGAACGGAGCGACCCAGCAUGUGGUCGUCUCACACCACAACCAUGCGGCGGGUACCCUGUCGCUGAUAUCCAAGCAUUCCUCUCUGACUGGCAAAAGAACGCGUGACUCAGCAUCCGCUGAAACAUCCCUCAAAGCAAUGUACCAGCGGAAGCGCUCGAUCGUCCUCCUUCUGCUGGCCUCUGAAAUCGAACGCCUAGUUACCUGGUACAACCCGCAGGGCAAAGCAGAGCUCACACUGCCUGAAGAGCAAGACAUUGAGGCAUGGCUGCGGAAGAAAAUUGGACGCGAAAAGAGCAUGCGUGAUUGGGCUGUUCUCGUGUGGGAACACUGUCCGGCGGCGGCCAUCUUCCUACAGCAGCGUCUCGCACCCACCCUGCCCUACUUGUCGUCCGAUCCUUACACAGCCGCUUUCCUUGUCUCGUACCCCUGUUUCUUCGCCACCCUCUAAGUUGCACGUCUGGUGAGAGGUGCGCCCACCCUCGUGUCUCACAUUCCAGCCGCUUUGCAAUUACUGGCCACUCCAUCGAAUCUCGAGGCGGACAUUCCGGAGCUGGCUCACGUCCUUUCAUGGUCUCCCGUUCCCCCGGUCACUGCUAUCUCCUUCUUUUCUCGAAUGUACCCUCAACAUCCGCUGACGCAGCAGUACGCCGUUCGCGUCCUCACUGGAUAUGCCCCCGAGACGCUUAUAUUUUACGUACCUCAACUCGUUCAGGGCGUCCGCUAUGACAAGUUGGGCUACAUGUGCGAUUUCAUUCUGCGCUCCUCCCAUCGAUCGCCAAUUCUGGCACAUCAACUUCUGUGGAACAUGCGAACUAACAGCUUCACUGAUGAGGAGGGCAAUGAGCGUGACCUCGAGGUGGGCCCCCAGCUUGAGUGGAUGUCCGACCAAGUGGCCAAGGGAUUCACUGGUCCCGCUCUAGAAUUCUACAAACGCGAAUUCGCCUUCUUCGACCAGAUUACGGCCGUCUCUGGCGAAAUACGGUAA